AUGGCGAGUAGAAGAAAACCCCCUGGACGUCCACCUCCUGGAAGACGCCCACCUCCAGCUGUCAAUCGGAUAUCUAGCCUCGCAAAGCAAUUAGGAAGCACCAACUUAGCACCCAACAUAUCAUACACCCCAAUAUUCAGCACCGCACCACCCCGUACACCACCUCCCGGACAACCCUCACCUUCCGAUUGGGAAUCCUAUAUCCCCUCUCAGCGAGAGCAAAAACAAGCCGAAGCAUGGCGCAAACUAUCCGAAACAUGGGAGCAAUGGCCAGGCUUCGAUAGAUCAUGGGAAGGAGUACGACAUCUUGGGAAAGGCGGAGCUGGCUCUGCAGAACUUUUUCGAAAGAUCGGCUCGGCUGAAGGAACUCAAGGAAUGCCUGAAUAUAUAGUAGUUAAACAGCCCGAAAGAUCUGACAAGGACCUUCUAAAUGAAUCGAUAUUUCUGCAGUUGCUCAUGGAUAGGAAUACGCCGCAUGUGCUGAAGAUAUAUCGAGGAUAUCACGAAGGCGAGGCCGUGCCGCGUCAUGUCGGAGGAAUGUUUGAUAUUGGGAGAGAAAAUUUUCAGAAGCGUCGGAAGAUGGUAGCGAGUAGAAUAUAUCUGGAAUUUUGUGAAAAGGGCGAUGCUGAAAAGUGGACAAUGGAUCAUGUUGAGCCGGUAUCAUAUUUGAAGAAAGAGUCAUCUGGAGUAACCGAAGCCAUAGAAAUUGAUAAACCUAUUAUAAAAAGGAGCACCAGUAUGUUAAUUCACCCCAACACUUUUCCUAUUUCAUCAUCUCCUAACCUCUCGAAGGAACAAUUCUUUCCACAGAUGGAGGAUCGUUCAUAUAGCACACCAGCCAAUGUUUUUGGAAUAGCAGCAAUAGUGUAUUAUGUGAUGACGAAGCAGCGGAUUGAAAUUGGCCAAGGCAUGGCAUAUGUAGGAUUUCCAUCAUUAGACAGCGAUCCCAGCAUAACACCAAAGCCACCGGUUCUAACGUGCGGAAGGAGUCUGCUUGACAACCCCAUCAUCAAUAAUUCGGGUAUCUAUUCCAAGACUCUCAUCAGAACGUUACUCCAAUGUCUGGCGUAUUCUCCAAAUAAACGCAUGACAGCAAAACAACUACUCGAUGUCUGUACCAAGGGUAGAUUUCUUUUCGAUAGUGUGCUGGAAAAGUAUAUUUAUGAGAGUAGCCAGCCAACGACUAAUUACUGGCCAGAUCGAGCGGCGGCACCAAAGGGCAUAUCAGGAUACGAAGAUAUUAAAGAUUUCUUGAACUAUUACCCAACAAAUGAAUCAAUCGCAGCGGCUAAGGAAAGAGAAGAGAGAUUCCUGGCAUCUUUCUGGGUGACGCCGCCUAAACAAGUGGCACCGCCAGUCUUGGCCUUUACUAACCCCUUCAAUUCAGGAACUGGGUUAGAUUCAAGUUCAGGUGUAGCUUUCAGCUUCGGAGAUCCGUCUUCUAAUUCUCAAUUUGGAAACUCAAAUCCAAAGUUCGGCGAUGACCAUAGCGGUGGCCCCAGCUCUGGAAGCGGAUUCAUGUUUGGACAGUAA